AAAAAAUCAAAAGAAAAAAAACAAAUUCUAAACCUUCAAAACAAAGUUCAAAUAUCGAAUUAAAAAUGGAUUUAGAAUAAGAAAAAAAUAUUUAAUAAAUACCAUAUAUUUAGAUAAUCCCUGAAAAUGAUAUUAAUAAUGUAUAAAUUUAAGAAUAAAAAUAAAUUUAAGUAUUAAAGGAAUUAGAUAAUUUUUAAAAAUCAAUAUUUAAAGAUCCUAAGCCUAAAAAAAGAGAUUUAAAGCUUGAUUUAAAGUCGGCUUUAGAAUUUAUGACAAAUGAAUCACAAAGUGACAAUUCUUAAAAGAAAUUAAAAAGCCAUUUUAAUUUUAAUUAAGAGGAAUUAUAUUAUGAGAAAUAAAAUAAUUAAUAUGAUAAUUUUCAUGAAUUUAAAUACUAUUGUGACGUAAGUAUGAAAAAAUGUUCAAGAAAAGAUUAAGAAGAUAGGUUUCAAGCUUUAUUUCCUAUAGAAUAAUAAUUAAAAUAUGAUGCUUUUUUCGCAGUUUUUGAUGGACAUAGUACAUCAGAUAUAGCCGAUAUUUUAAAGCAAAACUUACACAAAUAUAUAUAUUAACACCCACAAUAUAAUACAGAUUUACAAUAAGCAAUAAAAGAAAGUUUUAAAGAAAUAGAUUAGAAAAUAAUAUAAAUGUAAACAUAAUAGUCAUUAAAUUAGGGAGGAAGUACAGCUUUAUGUUGUUUAGUAAAAUAAGAAAAUUUAUAUAUAAUAAAUUGUGGAGAUAGCACUUGUGUAUUAGUUACAAAUGACAAUAAUAUAAUAUUUUUAAAUUAAUUACAUAAACCUUCUGAAGAAAAAGAAAUGGAGAUGUUAAAAAAAAAAGGAGCAAUUAUUUUAGGAAAAAAUCGUAUAAAUGGAUAAUUAGGUAUUUCACGAUCUAUUGGAGAUUCUGAAUAUAAAGAAUUUAUUACGUCUGAACCUGAUAUAUUUACACAUUAAAUUUAAGAAAACUAUAAAUAUUGUAUUAUGGCUACUGAUGGUUUUUGGGAUGAAGAAAAUAAUAAUCUUUUAAAUAUUGAAAAUAAUAAUAAAAUUAAUGAAAACUUUUAAAAAAUUGAAUAAAAUUCCCCUUUUUCUAUUAAAAUAGAUAAUUCUAAAAAAAAAGAAGGAUUCACUUUUUUCUGA